CUAAUCUUAUCUUCUUUACUUGGAUCUACAUAGGACAGAUAACAACUAUUAUUGAUUUGAAGAUUGAUCAGGCCAUGAUAACAGAAUUUAACAUGCUUACAAUUCUUGGGAAAAGAGUGAUCUUGGAGAUGAUGUACACUGUAACCCCGCCCUCAUUUUCAUAUGCAUCGACUCCUCAGCUUCCCCUCCUCUUCAUUGCAACCUCAUCAACCUCACAAGCAAAGUACCAAUUUCCCUUCUCUUGACACACAUUCACCUCGCUGCAGGACUCAGAAGAGCAGAAUAAAUCAUGCCACCUCUAAUUAUCGACAUUCAUACCCAUGUCUACCCUCCUGCGUAUAUGGAAAUGCUCCGUGUUCGCAAGAGCGUACCCUAUGUGCAUGAUCCAGCUAAUGGUGCAGACCCCCGCUUAAUUAUCCUGUCCUCAGAUGAUGACAGUUCCAUUCCCCUCGAUGAACGGGGUCGUCCAGUCGACUCAUCCUAUUGGAAUAUCGACGUGAAGCUGGCCUUCAUGCGUCGCCAUGGAAUCAACUGUAGCGUGAUUUCCCUCGCCAACCCCUGGUUAGAUUUUCUUGAACCUGAAGAAGCGCAAACAUGGGCGCAACGCAUCAACGACGAUCUUGAAAACACAUGCGCACGUAUUAACAAGGCUGGAGACCCAGACAAAACCCUGGCGCUACACGAGAAGGAAUCGCUAUUUGCUUUCGGCGCGCUGCCGCUAAGUGCUCCUAGCGCUGACAUUGUCGUGAGCGAAAUCAAGAGACUUAAAACCUUGCCGCAUCUGCGUGGGGUCAUCAUGGGAACCUCCGGGUUGGGAAAAGGACUGGAUGAUACCCAACUGGAUCCUGUCUGGGGGGCGCUGCAGGAUACUGAAUCACUUCUAUUCUUACACCCACACUACGGACUACCCGACGAAGCUUUUGGUGGCUCGGAUGCGAUGAAUCGCUACGGCCAUGUUCUUCCGCUGGCUUUAGGGUUCCCCCUUGAAACGACAAUUGCAGUGACUCGAAUGCUUUUGGCCGGUGUCUUUGAUCGGUUUCCGCGGCUGAAGAUCUUGCUGGCCCAUUCUGGAGGCACGCUUCCCUUCCUUGCAGGACGGAUCGAAAGCUGUAUCCAUCAUGAACGCAAGUUCAUUGCCAACGGUGGUGAUGUGCCUGGUCCUCAAAGAAGCGUAUGGGAUGUCUUGAAGACCAAUAUAUAUCUUGAUGCUGUGGUAUAUGGCACUGCUGGCUUGCAAGCAGCAAUGACAGCAUCUGGAACAGAUCGUUUGCUUUUUGGUACCGACCACCCGUUCUUCCCUCCCUUGGAUAGCAAGGAAGGAGAAUGGCCUAGUGUGACGACAAACUACAAGGCCAUUCACGCUACAUUCGAUAAAGAUGGAGAUGCAGCUGCCGCUGUGUUGGGCGGAAAUGCAGCUCGGAUUCUGGAUUUGAAAUGAUAUCCGAUCAGAGUACUGUUAGGAAUUAUCGAGAGAAAAGAACAGAUAUUUAUAAAUUAUAGCUAUAAACAAAUGGAGAACACACCCAUGGACUUUCUAUGGGAAACCGCCAUUUCUUUUGUUGGUAGAGUGGUACUUGGUUACAAUUCUGUAUUCAAAGCUUUGAAGCGUUGCUUUUCACCAAUAUUUCCCAUCCUAAUAGCUUCCAUACCUCUUGCGUGAACCAGUCUGGGACUGAUUGAUCAGGGUCCUGAGAAGGUAGUUGUAGAUUGCGAAGAUCUUCAUCAGU